ACCACCACGAUGGUCCUCCCAGCCCUGAGCGCCGAGCCGACCUUCAAGAAGCUCUGCGAGUGGCACGCGGCAAACGCCUCCGCCCUGCACAUGCGCACGCUCUUCCACGAUGACCCGAAGCGCUUCGACAAGUUCAGCACGGUGCUGAAGACCGAGGAUGGGGAGCUCCUCUUUGACUACUCUAAGAACCUCAUCAAUGAAGAGGUGAUGAAGAUGCUCGUGGACAUGGCAAAGGCACGUGGGGUGGAGAAGGCCCGAGAACAAAUGUUCUCUGGCGAGAAAAUCAACUUCACCGAGCACCGUGCAGUUCUGCACGUGGCGCUGAGGAACCGCUCGGGGAAGCCGCUGAUGCUGGAGGGGAAAGACGUGAUGCCCGGAGUGAAGGCCGUGCUCGAGAAGAUGAAGGCCUUCUGUCACCGCGUGCGCUCCGGCGAGUGGCUGGGCUACACGGGGAAGCCCAUGACUCACGUGGUGAACAUUGGCAUCGGAGGGUCGGACCUGGGCCCCCUGAUGGUGACGGAGGCCCUGAAGCCCUACUCCGUGGGGGGUCCCAGCGUCUCGUUCAUCUCCAACAUCGACGGCACGCACCUAGCCAAGACGCUGGCCAGCCUGCAGCCCGACACCACCCUCUUCAUCAUCGCCUCCAAGACGUUCACCACUCAGGAGACCAUCACCAACGCUGAGUCGGCAAAAGCCUGGUUCCUGGAGAAAGCAAAAGAUGCUUCCGCUGUCGCCAAGCAUUUCGUGGCACUCUCCACGAACGGGCCCAAGGUGCAGGCGUUCGGGAUCGACACGGCCAACAUGUUUGAGUUCUGGGACUGGGUGGGCGGGCGAUACUCUCUGUGGUCAGCCAUCGGUCUCUCCAUCGCCCUGCACAUCGGCUUCGACAACUUUGAGAAGCUGCUGGAUGGCGCCCACUGGCUGGACAAGCACUUCCAGGAGGCUCCGCUGGAGCGCAACGUGCCGGUGCUGCUGGCGCUGCUGGGCACGUGGUACAGCAACGUGUACCGCGCCGAGACCCACGCCAUCCUGCCCUACGACCAGUACAUGCACCGCUUCACUGCCUACUUCCAGCAGGGGGACAUGGAGUCGAACGGCAAGUCGGUGACGCGCUCCGGCCAGCACGUGGACUACCACACGGGCCCUAUCGUGUGGGGAGAGCCGGGGACCAAUGGGCAACACGCAUUCUACCAGCUCAUCCACCAGGGAACGCGCCUCGUGCCGUGCGACUUCCUCAUCCCGGCUCAAACCCAGAACCCCGUCCGCGGCGGUCUCCACCACACGGUCCUCAUCGCUAACUUCCUGGCCCAGACCGAGGCGCUGAUGAGGGGGAAGACUUCAGGCGAGGCCAAGGCUGAACUAGAGGCCUCUGGCCUCACUGGCGAGGCCCUCGACAACAUUCUUCCUCACAAGGUGUUUGUGGGAAACUGCCCGACUAAUUCCAUCGUGUUCUCCAAGCUCACCCCGAACAUGCUGGGCGUCCUCAUUGCCAUGUAUGAGCACAAGAUCUUUGUUCAAGGCAUCAUCUGGGACAUCAACAGCUUCGAUCAGUGGGGGUGA